AGAAUGACAAGAGGAUCUGCAUUUACACCACUAAAGCUUUGUCGCAGAAACAUACUAUGGCUGGUUGGGGCUUUGAUGCUCGUUAUCUUGUUUCACUUGUAUUUUAUAAAAGUCAUAAAAACGGUCACAAGGGAUGAUGACCACUUCCUGUCACUUCCCAAGGAAUUUUUAUCUCCUUCGCAUAAAAAAGUGAGUAUCAAUCGCCUCCGUAUUCACCUGAAAGAGCAGUGUAUCCCUUAUAAAAUUUUGUUCCACUUUAAAUUAAGGGGCAGCGUCUUAUUUGAGGCAGUGUCUCGAGUUCGGGACGCUCGAACCGGCGCAGUUUUCGAGCAAAUACAGUGAACGUUUUACUUCCAAGAAAGAUGUUUUUUUUUUCUUAAAAACAGUUCGAUAUAGAGCGUUUUCACUCACGUGACCAGCAUCUAUGCAAAUGUAUAGGAACAAUAGGAAGUAUUUACAUAAGAAGAAGAUUUAUCUCUCACAGGAAACCAACAUGGAGGUCGUUUCAUUGUUUUGGAACCCAAUAUGGCCGCUACGACGUCAUUAGGCCUUUCCCGAUUGCGCUCGUAAAAUCCUAAAAAAGUGCUGGCAAAAAUGGCUAAAAAGUGCUCAAAAUCUCAAAAUAGUGCUCAAAAAGUGCUAAAAGUUGUGAACAGUUACCUCUUAGCUUUUCGUAAAUAUGUCAAUUUUUACUGAAGUAAUUAACAAUCUAUUUUGCGUAGUCUUAUUUGACAGGUUGUUACGAAAGGUUGAUAGAAUAUAGAACAAUAAUAUUUUUAAAAAACUAAAGCCGGUUACGAAUUGUAAAUAAAUUCAGCAGUGCUAGCAUCAGAUGAUUUAGAAAUUUUACAACAUCAUUAGUUAUUCAAAUUUAUGACCUGGAACACGAUUCUCGUUGCGAGCGACACACAGUUUUUGCUUUAAAAUGUUUUAAAAGACAUAUGUUGCUCGAAAUUUGCUCGAAAUGUGAAAUAUUGCUUAAAUGUUGCCCAAGGUGCGAAAAAGUGCUUAAGGGUGCUCAAAAUGCAAAAUAGUGCUCCAAACUCAAAAAAGUGCUCAAAAGGUGCUCAGCGCAAUCGGGAAAGGCCUAGACAUCAUGUGAAUUUGCUCCAUUCCACGUUGUUCAUGUCGCAAAAACGGGAAACAAGGAUAAAGGUGUCACCAGGGGGUGGGAACUGAUUUUUUGUGAUGCAUACAUAGCCUGCAUCGACUGCGUGGCUGGGGGGAUCUUAUCCUGAGUUUCAGCCGUCUCCUCGACGACUCUCUCGGGAGUUUGCGUUAGCGGGAUAUAAUUUCGUCUCCAUUCUUCUCGCGGCUUUACAGCCCCAAAACAGAAACCCGAACUGGCAAAGCAGUUGCUCGCGAUGAACCCCGCCAAAAAUUGCCAAAAAUACGCAAGCUAAGUGAUGGCCUUUUUUAAAAGGAUAAACCGUUAAAUAUAUAAACUACAAGAACUUAUCCCAGUCGAUCGAUUUGAUUCAUUAACUGGGCUGCCUCAAGUCACGCCCAAGUUCAUAAAAUGGGUAGAUUUCUCCGUCAAAAUAUACACACUACCAGCGCAGUUACCCAGAGGGCGUUGCGUCAUCCAUAAAGCCUUUCCAGAGUCUGUUUGAAGAUUGAUUUCUUUCUGUUUAAUGCAACACACGCGUUUUUGUAGGUCUAAAUUUCGGAGAAGGAUAAAGAAGACUCGUCCGAUAAAGUCUUUAUCUUAUCUCAUCUUAUGCGACGAAAACAGGAACUUUGAGAAUUUCGUACUCAAGGUUAUCUCAUAGCCUCACUGGCGAGAGGGCAAAUAAAGUCGAAGUAGCCUGGGAACCAUCCUCGGAGACCCAGGGGCAGCCAGUCGGGUCGGGAGAAAGGGCACGACGAAAGUCUUCAAGUACGGGCGAAAGAGCCCCUGGGUACCGACUCUCACCGGGCUAUUUCCAAAAAUUCAGACGGAUGCCGGCCUCUGAUUGGGCACAAAAAAUGUUUUGUAUUAUUGUGCCCAAUCGGCGAACAGUUGCUCCAAAUGUACGAACUCACGAGAGGAACUGGGACCAGGCUUCGCAGCUUUGCGAACGCAAAGGUUCACCUAGUCUACCUCGCAGCCGUUUUUUUUUGGAUGUCACGCAACGCUCCGUUGCGUGACAUCCAAAAAACGGUUGCGAGGGAGACUAAGGUUCACCGGAAGCUUCAAAUACCAACUUGAGAGAAAUAGAGUACUAAGGCAAGUUACUUACUAGUACAAGGUUUGGGGACUUAGCAUCCUAGAACUUAUAGUUGUUCUCAUGUGGCCCAGAGUUUCUGCUUUUGUUUGCGGUAUUCAGUGUGCGGGAUCGGGUGUUAUGCUUUUCCUAAUUCAUGUGUCUCCGCCAAUUCAACAAGCGUGAUUGAUGUUUUAAAAGCAUUAGCGAGUUUCGACAAACGAGAACUUUGAAAGUUCGGCUUUUGCCUCGGGUAGAAGAACAAAGAACGCGUCAUCAGAAUGGAUUGGGCAAAAGAGACACAUUAUCGUUAAUUUAUGACAAAUGUAUGCAACAGUAGUCGUAAUGGAGACAAAUGUCUGCGUUGACAUGAAAGAAAUAUAAUGUCUUGUGAACUAAGAAUCGAGUACUUUUCGUUGCUAACUCUGGACGAGUGGAAAUGUGGAAAUGUGUCUUCAUUGUCUUUAUCUAGGAGCGAUUUUUUCGGAGGGGAGGGGGCCGCUGCACAGUUUUGGAUAAAUUUAGGUUUCAGGGAAACUGUCCACCUACCCCUCCCCUAAGCUAACAUAAACACUUAACUUCUCACUGAGGGCAAAAUAAUGGCUUAGGGGAGGGGUAGGUGGGCAGUUUUCCAGAAACCUAAAUUGGUAUCAGUUUUAUGGCAGCCCAGUUAAAGUCGCCUUUCAGUGAGUCUAGUUAUGGAUAAAGAUUUUUGUUUUAUUUUCUGUGUUUAGUUCCCAUCCUUAGAGUAUUGUUCUCGUCGAAUCGAGGAGGACCUCUCUCUAAUCAGCAACGGCACAAAACCAGUUCAAACGACCCUUCAAGAAAUCUCUGACUACCAGAUUCUCCAAACAUUCUCUCAGCUCAAUUGUAGACAAAUUUCAGCACUUUUUUCUCCGCCGUCUGAACCAAGUGACGAGGAGCGGAAUUUUCCUUUGGCAUAUGUCCUACAACUUUACCAAGGCGCAAGUUUGUUUGUAAAACAGCUUCAGUUUAUUUAUAUGCCUCAAAACAUUUAUUGUAUCAAUAUCGACACUAAAUCUUCUCUAGUGUUUGUCCGCGCUAUACAGCAAAUCGCAAGAUGUUUGCCAAAUGUUUUUGUUACAAAGAAGAGGAUAGAAGUUAUAUAUCUUCAUGUUUCUACAGUUCGAGCUCAGUUAAACUGCAUAGAGGACUUGCUCCAAAGCUCUGUCCGUUGGCGUUACAUGUUUAAUUUAUGUGGUCAAGAUUUUCCCUUAUAUUCCAAUCAAGGUCUCGUGCAGGCGCUAAAAGCCUUAAAAGGGCGAACGAAUGCAGAAAGUUGCAAGCCAAACGGAUACACACGGUGGCGAACAGUCAACGUGUAUGAAGUGAAAAAAGAUCCUGGAAAACAGGCUCAUGGCGCCUAUCAAUGGACAAAUACAAAGAAAGAGAAAACCCCGCCUCCGCACGGAAUUGAAAUCUACAAGGGGUCGUCUUUCAUUGCGGGAACCAGAGAGUUCUGCGAGUACGCUGUUCACAAUGAAACAGCCAUAGCUUUCUUAAAUUGGUUAAAUGACACUAUGUAUGUUGAUGAAUCGUUUUUUGCUACUCUGUACCGUCACCCGGGCGUGCCAGGGGGAGUGCCUUGGCCGGAGCAACAGGAGUUCAUCACACGGGAUGCGGUUAAUUGGUGGAUCCCCGAUAACAAAAUUCCCUGCUAUGGCUAUUGGCUCCGUGCGAUAUGUGUGUUGAGAUUACCAGAUUUGAGCUGGGUGUUUGGCUCUGAUCUUAAAAACAUGUUAUUUACGCAGAAGAUUGAUUUUAAGUAUGAGCAAGAACUUGUCGAUUGUUGGUAUGUGAUGGCACAGAACAGAAAAACACAUCCAUACGCUACCAACGGAAUAUCUUGGAGAAAACACAGAUGUGCUUGA